GCGGCUUGGUUACUGCGCCCGCGAUACGUCUCGGGGGCAGGAACUUGGCCGAUUUUUCACCGACGUCGAUCACGCGCGCGUCCGAUCGACGCUCCCGCCCGAUCGAUGGAUCAUCUCGCCGCGCGCGCACGCGAUCGACGAGUGUUACCCGCGCCGGGCCGACGCAGCAUGACCGCCGCGGCUUUGAUCGUCUCCUUGGCGAUCGCCCUGAGCGACGCGGCCUCGAUCGCGCGUGUCACCUCCUCCGGGCCGGUGGACCUCUGCGACAGCAAAGUUUACUGCGAGGGACCGCUGUUGCAUACGGUGCAGCUCUCUGGAAUUUUUAACGACAGCAAAACCUUCGUGGACCUGUACCAGCUACACGAUCCAAGCGUGACCAUCGAAAACUUCGAUACUUUGAUGAAGGCCACCGGCAACUCUCCUAAUCGCUCCGAGGUAGCUGCGUUCGUCGCGGAGAACUUUGCCAUGCAGGACGAGCUGGAUAAUUCAACGUUGCCCGACUGGAAGGAGGAUCCCGCCAUCCUUAAAUCCAUCCGCGAUUCCCAGUACCGCGAUUGGGCGAAACGUUUGAACUACAUUUGGAAAACUUUGGCGAGGAAGAUAAAUGGCGACUUGUUGGUCCAUCCGCAGCGGCACAGCUUGAUUUACGUGAAGAAUCCCUUCGUCAUUCCCGGCGGACGAUUUAAAGAGUUUUACUAUUGGGACAGCUACUGGAUAGUCGAGGGACUCCUGUUGUGCGAGAUGCACGUCACCGUUAAAGGGAUGAUCGAGAAUUUCCUCUCGAUGGUGGACAGAUACGGCUUCGUGCCGAACGGCGGUAGGGUUUAUUACUUAUCGAGGAGUCAACCGCCCUUGUUAAUACCGAUGGUCGCGAAGUACAUCGAGUACACGCGCGAUUACAAAUUUCUGGAAGCCAACAUCGCACUCCUCGAAAAGGAAUUUGAAUAUUGGCAUAAUGAAAAGACGGUGGAUGUAACGAAGAACGGUAAGACGUACAAGAUGGCACAUUACGUGGUAAACAGCCGCGGGCCUCGACCGGAAAGUUACAAGGAGGAUUACCGGCUGGUGCAGGACGUGCCGGAGGAGAAGCGGGGGAUGCUUUACAACGGCUUGAAAGCCGCGGCGGAGAGCGGCUGGGACUUCUCCUACAGAUGGUGCAUAGGAACGAACGAGAACGCCAAUCUCAGCCUCGUCAACGUCUCCACGAGCGACAUCGUUCCCGUCGAUUUGAACGCGAUAUUGCAGCGGAACGCCCGGCUGCUCGCCCGCUUCCACGGUAGCCUGGGUAACCUGAAGAAAGUCUGGCGUUACGCUAAAAUUGCCUCGGACUAUCAAGCUGCCAUCGACAACGUGCUGUGGAACGAGGACGUGGGGACCUGGCUGGAUUACGACACGAGAGAUAACCGGUCCAGGAAUACGUUCUACCCUUCGAAUCUGUCGCCUCUGUACACAAUGAGCUACGAUCGGAGCAAGAAGAAAGCCUAUGCGCGGCGCGCCAUUACUUAUCUCAAGGAAAACAAGAUCGACUCGUACGUUGGUGGCACGCCAACUUCCCUGAACUAUACCGGCGAACAAUGGGACUUCCCGAACGCGUGGCCACCGUUGCAGUCCUUCCUCAUUCUGGGUCUCUAUCAAACCAAAGUGAAAGAAGCGGUCGACCUGGCCGAGACACUGGCUGAUAGGUGGCUCAGAUCGAAUUUCCUCGGUUACGACGAGUACGGCACGAUGUUCGAGAAGUACAACGCGAUACAUCCCGGCGAGGGCGGCGGCGGCGGCGAAUACAACGUUCAAGAAGGCUUCGGUUGGACGAACGGUAUAGUCUUCGAGCUCCUCAGUCUCUUCCCGGGCUCGAGAUAUGUUGCUGGAUACGACGGCGGCAACGGUAUUGAUAGAUAAUAUACGGGAACAGAUCAGUAGCUAAUUGACUCCGUGGGAGUAAGCGCGUUGGUACACGGAGCGGAUUUUCACUGAAAAUCAUGUAUUCGUGGAACGGCACGGCAUUUCCAAGAAUUUCAUGAGAGUUUUCGGAAAUUUCACCAUAAUUUUACUUAUAAUUAUACUUAGUAUUUUAUUAGUAAAAUGUAUGGUAAGAUUUCAAAAUGCUCUC